AUGAAUGGCGAAGUUGUGGCAGGUGGAAAUAGGCAAGAAAAUCGAAAUGAUCAAUUAGAUGGUCCACUGAAGGUAAUUGUCGAUAAACAGAGUGAUUGUCUUAUCAACUGUGAUUAUUAUAACAAACGAAUAGUACGAUGGCCUGGUCAAAAUGGUACUAGUAGAGAAACAAUCAUUUCGAGUAUUGCCUGUUGGGGUAUGAUAAUGGAUUACGAUGGAUAUCUCUAUGUCUCGAACUAUGAAAAGCAUGAAGUGAAACGAUGGAAAAUCGGCGACAUUGAUGGAACAAUAGUAGCAGGUGAAAAUGAACAAGGUGGUGGUUUCAACCAGCUUAGCUAUCCUCACUACAUCUUCGUCGAUCAGAAUCAUUCAGUAUACGUAUCAGAUUAUGGCAAUCAUCGUGUGAUAAAAUGGAUGAAAGGUGCAAAACAAGGUAUUGUUGUUGCUGGCGGCCAAAGCUCAGGAAAUGAUCUGAAACAAUUGACAUGUCCUCAUGGAGUAAUGGUUGAUGAGCUAGGUACUGUCUAUGUUGCAGAUCGGUACAAUCAUCGAGUAAUGCGUUGGUUGAAAGGAGCUACACAAGGUAGUGUUGUUGUUGGUGGACAUGGACAAGGAGCACAAGCAAAUCAAUUCAAUUAUCCUUGUGAUUUGUCCUUCGAUAGACAAAACAAUCUUUACGUUCUUGAUUCUGGUAAUCAGCGAAUACAAAAAUUCCAUAUUGACUUUAAUUAG